UAUUACAAAACAAUAAUAUUCAAAAACAAAAAUUAUUCAAAAAUUUCAUCGAAAAUGUCCGCCGAAGAGGAGCUGCUCAAACUACAACCGCGUAAUUUAGAAAAUGAGGCAUCAGCAGACGCUAAAAAAGUAACGCUAGAUGAGUCUACAGCUUUUGCAAAGCCCAAGGAGCAAUGGGGCAAUGAAAUUGAGUUUCUUUUCUCCUGCAUUUCAUUGUCUGUGGGUUUGGGCAAUAUUUGGCGUUUCCCCUAUAUCGCUUUUCAAAAUGGCGGCGGCGCUUUUGUCAUACCAUAUCUGAUUGUUUUACUCAUUAUUGGCCGACCAGUGUAUUAUUUGGARAUUAUUUUGGGCCAAUUUUCGGGACGCGGCUGUAUUAAGGCGUUCAGUAUGGCGCCUAUUAUGAAGGGUGUCGCUGCUGGCCAAGUUCUGGCAACUGGCGCCUCGAUCACUUACUACUCCAGCAUAAUGGCAYUGACUUUACGCUUUCUAAUUGCCUCCUUCUCCAAAGUGCUGCCUUGGAGUUACUGUCGCGAGGAGUGGGGCGACAGCUGUCUCAACGAAACGGCGUCGGCUGCGGUUAACGGUACUCAACAGACCGUCUCGAAAAUGUCCUCAGCUGAAUUGUACUUUCAGAAGGAAAUUUUACACGAACAAGAUGACAUUUUCCAUGGACUUGGCACGCCCAAUUGGGAGCUGGUGGGCUGCUUGGCAGUGGCAUGGUUUAUUAUUGGUGGUGUGUUGAUAAGAGGCGUCAAAAGUUCCGGAAAAGCUGCCUACUUUUUGGGUGUUUUCCCAUAUGUGGUCUUGUUGGUACUGCUGUUACGUGCUGUUACACUACCCGGCGCCAUGGAUGGCAUCAUUUAUUUUUUCAAACCACAAUGGGCGGAGCUGCUAAAUCCUCUGGUCUGGUAUGCGGCAGUCACACAAGUCUUCUUCUCAUUGGCCAUCUGCUUCGGCACUUUGAUCACCUACGCKUCGUACAACAACUUCUCACGAAAUGUCUACAAAGAUAUUGUGAUCAUCACCACAAUGGAUUCUUGCUCCUCCAUCAUCGCUGGUUGCAUCACAUUUGGCAUACUCGGCAAUUUGGCAUUCAAAACCGGCGCUGCCGAUGUGGCUAGCGUGGUUAAGGGUGGCGCUGGCUUGGCCUUCAUCUCYUACCCCGAUGCCAUAGCGAAAUUCGAAUUCAUUCCACAGGCAUUCGCGGUUCUUUUCUUCCUCAUGCUAUUCGUCUUAGGUAUCGGCAGCACGGUCGGCAUGGGCUCUUGCAUUGUACGCGUGAUACGUGAUCGUUGGGUGCGUGCGCCGAAUUGGGCGCUGGCGCUAAGCCUGGCUGUGUUGGGUUUCWCCGUGAGCAUARUCUAUAUGACACCGGGUGGGCAGUUYGUGUUGAAUUUGGUGGAUUUCUAUGGCGUUUCAUUUACGGCGCUCAUUUUGGCGAUCGGCGAACUAUUGGCCGUCGGUUGGGUGUAUGGCGUGAAGCGUUUCUGCGCCGACAUUGAAUUCAUGAUCGGCUUGAAAACCGGCAUUUAUUGGCGCAUCUGCUGGGGUGUCAUAACACCGGGCCUAAUGCURGCUGUGCUCAUUUAUACGCUCAUCGAUUUGAAGCCGUUGACAUAUAAGAAUGUGGACUAUCCACACAUUGCGCACGUCUUCGGCUGGUGCUUGUCCGCCAUUGGUCUUCUGCAAAUACCGGGUUGGGCUCUAUACAGCAUCUGCAAGCAGUCGAAAUCAGCUGGUUUGCUUAACAAAUUAAAGGCCGCCGCUGCAUCUGCAAAUACUUGGGGUCCACUGGAGCAAACUAUGCACGAAGAGUAUGCGAAUCAACGCCGAAAGUUUGAACUGCAAGCAAAGCAGCGAACAAAUUUACAAAAGGCUUAUGAUAAUUUGUUUGGUUAGGUUAACUUUUUUCGUGAAAAUUUUAUUUCUUUAUCAAAAGCGACAAUUUACGCAAUUAUUGUUUAGCAAAAGUCUUACAUAAAUGGCUUAAAUUUUAAUUUCAACUUAGAAUGUAUGUAUGUGUGUUUGUAGUUCACAAUUCGCUUUGCAGCAAAUAAAU